GGCCGCCCAGCCAUGUUGAGGAGUCUGUCAAGCAAACUGCAGCCCGCCAUUGUGUAGAAACCAGGCUCUGUAGCGAGAUAGGGGCGCUUGGCUGAAACUCUUCAAUAGCUAGACAAAUUCUACACCCUGCCGCUUUUAUUUAGGAGUAAAUACAGUUACACAGGCGCCGGGGGGGAAAGACAUGUCAGCCAGCAGCCUUCUUGAACAGAGACCGAAAGGCCAAGCUAAUAAAGUGCAAAACGGAGCUGUGACCCAAAAGGAUACUUUGAAUGACGAUGAGUUUGAGCCUUACCUGAAUACUCAGGCCAGACAGAGCAAUGCCUAUACGGCCAUGUCGGACUCGUACAUGCCCAGCUACUACAGCCCCUCCAUAGGAUUUUCCUACUCCCUAAAUGAGGCAGCAUGGUCCACGGGUGGGGACCCUCCUAUGCCUUACCUGGCCUCCUAUGGACAGCUGAGCAAUGGGGAGCCCCACUACCUCCCGGACGCUAUGUUUGGCCAGCCUGGCCCCCUGGGGAGCAACCCUUUCCUGGGCCAGCAUGGCUUCAACUUCUUCCCCAGUGGUAUCGACUUCUCGGCUUGGGGCAAUAGCAGCUCUCAGGGACAGUCGGGGACACCACAGAGCUCUGGCUACAGCAGCAGCUAUGCCUAUGCUCCCAGCUCCCUUGGGGGUGCAAUGAUCGAUGGACAGUCCCCAUUUGCACCUGCUGCCAAUGAGCCACUCAACAAGGCACCUGGUAUGAACAGCCUUGACCAAGGCAUGGCAGGGCUUAAGAUCAGCGGUGCUGCUCCCGGUGGUAAUGGGGACAUGGCUCCUAAGGUGGUUGGCUCUGGCUUGCCUGGUGGGGGUCCCCUUGGCCCUGUAUCAUCUGUAGGACCUCCCAGCAUGCCUCCUGUCUCAAUUGCCCCUGCCAAGCCCGCCUCCUGGGCCGACAUUGCCAGCAAGCCAGCCAAGCCUCAACCCAAGCUGAAAACCAAGGGUGGCAUGGCCGGUGCCAAUUUGCCUCCUCCGCCCAUUAAACACAACAUGGACAUCGGCACUUGGGACAACAAGGGUACCAUGCCUAAAGCUGCCACCCCUCAGCAGGUGCCCCCUAUUCCCAGCAAUGGGCAGCCGCCCAAUCAGGCCUCCCCACAGCCUGGAGCUACUGCUGCAGGGAACCCACAAAUGCCCCUCAGCAAUGGACAGCUGGUACCGCCCGUUUCCCAGAUGGGGCAGCAUCAACUUCCUCCCAGUGGGCAGCCAGGUAUGGCUCCAAUGCCCCAGCCUCCCCUCUCCCAGGGUCCUCCUCCUCCCCAAAGCCAACAGCAGCAACCUUCUCAGCCUACUCGUUGGGUCCCUCCACGGAACCGGGCUAAUGGUUUUGGGGAUGCCAGUGGGAGUGGUACAGGCCAGUCGCCUCCUACCUCUUCUGGUGUGGGUGUUGUUCCCGGGGUCCCCUCUGAGCCUCACCCAGUCUUAGAGAAGUUGCGAAUGGUCAACAAUUAUAACCCCAAGGACUUUGACUGGAAUCCCAAGCAGGGGCGGGUGUUUAUCAUCAAGAGCUACUCCGAGGAUGACAUCCACCGCUCCAUCAAGUACAACAUCUGGUGCAGCACGGAGCAUGGCAACAAGAGGCUUGACACGGCCUAUCGUUCAUUGGGUGGCAAAGGGCCACUUUACCUUCUGUUCAGUGUCAAUGGGAGUGGUCACUUCUGUGGUGUAGCAGAGAUGCGCUCACCCGUGGACUACAACACGUCUGCAGGCGUGUGGUCACAGGACAAGUGGAAGGGUCGUUUUGAUGUGCGCUGGAUCUUUGUUAAGGACGUUCCCAACAGUCAGCUGAGGCACAUUCGACUCGAGAACAACGAAAACAAGCCAGUGACCAACUCUCGGGACACACAGGAGGUACCACUGGACAAGGCCAGGCAGGUGCUAAAGAUCAUCGCUGGAUAUAAGCACACCACUUCAAUCUUCGAUGACUUUUCUCACUACGAGAAGCGUCAGGAGGAGGAAGAGUGUGUGAAAAAGGUGGAGGUCCAAGGCAGUGAGCCAUAUCCCAGCAACCCAAGCAACAGGACUCAUUACAGGCUUCAGGAGCGCCAUGGACGAGUCAAGUAACAGUCAGUGCUUUGGUCAAAAGACUGCAAUGGCCCCCCUCAAGCCCUGUCCACCCCAUUACAUCAUUAAAUCCAGAUCUCUUAAGAAAUUCUAAUAGGGGUGAAGAAUUAACCAAGGACAAAAAACUAAAUGAAGACUUUCUUGAUUUCUUUUGACUUUAAAGACUUACUUCGAACUUGUAGUAAAAAGAAAAGGAAACGAUUAUUCAUAGGACUACAACUAAAUGCAUAGCAUCCUUAGGUGAAAUCUUUUUUGCCCCACCCCAUUCCACUACAUAUGCUUUUUCCCCCUGUAUGCUGCUUUUUCCUUUUUUCCUUUUUUCCUUUUUUUUUUUUUUUUUUAAUGAAAGGAUCCUCUGUUUUUAUGGUUCAAGAGCAAGUCUUUAAUUCUCUCACAAACACACAAAUCCAAUAGAAAUUUGUAGUGUUGGCUUAUAAUAGUGUCCCAAAGUCAAGAAUGGGCAGUUUGUCUCAUUUUCUUUGUAAACCCCCCCCCCCCCCCCCCUCCCCCAUCCCCCUGUCUUCUAAGGAUGCUCAACUCUUCAACCAGGACCCAGUGGAGUUUUCCCUCAGUGGAUUUUCAUCAUAGACGGGUGUCAGCUAUGCUCACUCCAGAAUCUGUUUCAUACAUGCUUUCCAUGUUUUUGGUUAAGAGGACUGCAGAUGUUCAGGAUGGCCCUCUAUUUUGUUUUUGCAUGUAUCAGAUGGAGUGUGUGUGUGUGUGUGUGUGUGUGUGUGUGUGUGUGUGUGUGUGUGUGUGUGUGUGUGUGUGUGUGUGUGUGUGUGUGUGUGCGCGCGCGCAUGUGUGUGGGUGGAAGGUAGGGUCUGGAAGAUCUGGAGAGGAAGAGCAGGGAAAGGGGUCAAGAGUUUGAAAGCAGAAGAAAUGUUAAGUUGAUGAGCCUUGCUUGGUGUAUAAUUUUAUGGUCUAAAAAAAUGGGGCCCUCUGUUAACAGUCUUCGUUGGAUUUAUUUACAUUCUUUUUCGUUAUCUUGGACAAGUUAAUUCAUCUUUGCUAUGGGCUGCUUUCUUGUUUCUUUCUUUUUUUUUUUCUCCUCCCCCCGUUUUCUAAAGACAGUGAUGCGAGUGGCCUUGCCCCCACUCUUUCUAUUAAUCAGUUCAAAAGUAAUAAAUGUGGUAUAUUCAGCAGAACUGGUGUGCAUUCCCCUUGUUUGACUCUGUAAAGCAAUUUUGUCAUGCAGUAAGUCUGUGCUUUCUUUUCAUCUGUUUUUCUUUUUCCUGAUGGGUAUAUGAAUGAAUGUUUUUCUGCUAACCUUCAUACUCAACCCGUCCACCCCUCAUGCUGACUUCCAGUUAUCACCACUGUACCCUGCAUUUCUUUCCUCUCUACUUCCAAACCUGCCUUGUUCUCCACACUCUCACCUUCCUGUUUCUGACUGCUCAGCCAACUGUGCAUACUAUAAUAUCACAAGCAGCUUCCACCAUUUUCAGAAUGUCAUUGUUGGUGAGUUAAAAAAAAAAAAAAAAAAAAAAAAAAAAAAACGCAAGGUCCUCUUUCAGAACUACUGGCUUUUAUUUGUGGCAUAAUAAAGAUGCUCCACAAAGUCAUGUGUGGGUUUUCCUCAUCAUUAGUUUUUUUUUUUUUUUUUUUCCUGUAGUCACGUGGGCGGCCUGUUGUACCUGUUUAUUUAUGUUGUAUGGUUUUCCUAACAGCAGGUGGAACAACACCUGUUGGCAUCUGCUAAACGAGUAAGACUUUGUUUUUUUUUUUGUUUGUUUUUUUUUUUUUUUAAAUAUAUAUACCAUCCUGUAUUUCAUUUAUUUUGUGGCAAUAUACCAAUGUGAUGUAGCUCUCUAAGAUUUGUGCAAGGUAUUUUUGCCUGAAAGACUAAAAGGUGUUUUAAGGUAACUUGGGCUAAAGCUCAGAAUUGGCCUAUCGCCUACGAGUGAGUGAUUUCAGAGCAAAUCCGUGCAUGAAAGGUAAGCGGUGUGAAUAACUUGACAUGGUUGAAUUGGAGCUGAAGCUGUCAAAAUGUUUACCCUGUGUCUCUUACCUGCGUGUGUUCAAAUGAUGGGGAAAUGAUGUGCAAUCCGCCAUUUUCUCUCUUUGCCAUUGUGACUAACGUAACGGCCACAAGAGGGCGACAUAUCAUUAUUUAUUGCUGUUCGUUGUCCAGAGGACAGUCUUGCUCGGUUGGGUUAACGGGUCUCGGCGAUAAGCAUAGAUGCAUUACAUUCAGUCUGAAUAUGGAUUUUUGUUUUGUUUGUUUUUUUUUUAAUUUGAUGGUUUGUUUUGUUUCUGAAACACGGUGUCUACCACCAACAGUUCAAACAGUCGCACAUAAAUGUUUGGCAGACUAAAAACUCAAUUAAUGCUUAGCGCCAUGUUGUCCUAUAUUCUUGAGAUUUGAUGGCUGUACGUGGCCCAUAAUGCAGACGAUAGGCUAUUAAAACAGGGGGCAACACAUUUACUAAAUUUCCUAAAAUUACAACCCAUACACCAAAUAAACGGGUGAACCUACCACCAAAAUUAACAGCCUUCUUCUAGUCUUUUUUUGACAGGAACUUAUCUAGAUAAAAAAAGUAAAGAUUUCUUUGUUAUAUAUAAAUCAUAUUAGCAUGAUCUACAUAAAAAUCCCUGCUUUGUUAAGCUGUAUGUCCAAAUUUUAAGGUUAGGUUACAGCCUCUCUGAAUUUAGCUAACAUUUAUAGCCUCAGUAUAAUGUGCUCUUCUGACUUUUUUUUUUUUUUAAUUCACACAAAAUGUGGAUAGGCUGUACAGAUGAAGCACUGCCCCAAGGGAUGGUUCACGUUAUUUAAAAAAAAAAAGUAUAAAUUAUGACUGCCCCUGAGUAUGUACAUAAUAAGCACAGCCUUCAACAAUGGCCUCAGUAAUAAUAAUAAUAAUAAUAGCCUUAUAAUAAUAAUAAUAAUAGUAGUAGUUUACAGAUAGAAUCAAACUUCGAAACAUCUAUAUUUUCGAAACUUAGGCUGGAGAUAGACCUACACCAGUGUUCAAAGUAGGGACAGCAUCUUGGGACUGAAGGGCAGGUUCUUAGGAAGAGAGGACCUCUGUGUGUGUGUGUGUUUGUUUGAGUGUCGGGUGUCGAGAGGGGGGUUGACGGCACGUGUCGCCGUUGUGGGUGCGUGGCAAACACGCUGCCUCGAGGGGAUCUCCUGUGACCCUUAUCCGCGCGUCUCUGGGGACGCCUUUUAGCCCCUCCUGGGAUGCAAAUGAACGGCCAUAAAAGAAGAGAGGCAGAUACAGCCACCGAGACGAUGAAGGAGAAGAAAGGGAAAUGGGACCGUGGGGAGAAAGUGGAGGAGGUAGGGGGGGGGCGAAGAGGAGGAGGGGAGGAGGUCAGCACUCACACACAUCUUAGAGCGCAUGAAGCUAAAUGGAUGGAGGAGAUGGAGAAAACGAAAAUAAGUUUUUCCUGCAGUGGUUAGAGGAGAAAUUCCUCUCUCUUCUGAUGACUGUUUUGUUUUGUGUGCGUGUGUGUGUGUGUGUGUGUGUGUGUGUGUGCGUGCGUGCGUGCGUGCAAAUGCGUGCGUAUGUGUGUUGUAGGACUUGCUUUUUUUUUUUCAUGUGCAGAAUCUCGACACUAUUAACUAAAUACAUAAGAGGCACUUGAAUUAUCACCAGUCAGUCUCCCUUCUCUGACUUCACCGGGCUGUAAUCAAUUCAGACAAAAAUAUAAAAGAAUAUAUUCAGAAAAUGCACAACAACAAUUCACUGGCUCUCAUGUUUUUACAUCGAUUCAUUUAAGCGAUUAUAAAGACUAUUCCUUGGUUAAACUCUGACCCUGCAUUAUUAUGGCAUAAUAUUUCAAAUAUUGUCUGUUGUAUUUUGUCUGAUAGAAACUAUCGUUUAGGUAAGAGAGCCUCGCAGUAGACGUGUUGUGUCUGUGGGUUCAUAUUGCACUGCAAGGUCAUGGUUCUGCUUUAUUUUCCCUCAUUACCAUGAGGCAUCCAUCUCUUUCUUCCAUUAGUGACGCUUCACCAUGUCGCCAACCCGACCUCUAUUUACAUGACUAAAUUAGAUUUCUUCUCUUUUCGUGUGUUUUGUUUCGAAUCGAGAAGCCUGCAUAUAAUAUAUAAAAGAAGAAAAAUGCAGCCUACUGAAGCUAAAAGGAAAAAAAAAUUGACAAUGGAUCUGGACUGUUUUAUUUUAUUAGAAAAUUAAUAAAUACAUUUAUGUUCAUGGAACUAUAUUAGUUGCCAGUUUCAGUCACUUUAUCACAUUUAACUUAGAUUAUUUGAUAAAAGAUGUUAAAAUAAGUUGUUAUUUUUAAUUAACAUGAACAAUAAAACAUCCCCUCUCAAUGGCC